AUGGCAGAGCUUGAGAGUCCUACUGUUAUGCCUAAGCUGAUAUGUUUUCUCUCUUCUCUGCUCAAAAGGGUCGCUGAAUCUAAUGAUCUUAACCAGAAACAACUCCUACACCAAAAGAUCUCAGUUUUCCAUGGCUUGACUCGACCCACCAUCUCAAUUCAAAGCUACCUUGAGCGAAUUUUCAAGUAUGCCAACUGCAGUCCAUCAUGCUUCAUUGUUGCGUAUGUCUAUCUUGAUCGCUUCACUCAAAGGCAACCCUCCUUGCCUAUCAACUCCUUCAAUGUGCAUCGGUUACUCAUCACCAGCGUUAUGGUGGCUGCAAAAUUCAUGGAUGACCUGUACUACAACAAUGCUUACUAUGCAAAAGUUGGAGGAAUCACCACAGUAGAGAUGAACUUUCUUGAGGUGGACUUCUUAUUUGGUUUGGGUUUCCAUUUAAAUGUAACCCCUGGCACCUUCCAAGCCUACUGUGCACACCUCCAAAGAGAAAUGCUGCUGAUGCAACCACUGACCUUUGCAGAUUCUUCCCUAAGUUUAGGAAAAUCACUAAAGGCACAUUUAUGCUUCAAUGAGGAUGAAUCUUCUUCCCAUCAAAAGCAACAACAAUUAGCUGUUUGA